GGUUGAGGCUCCAUCCCUGCUGACAUUGAAGAUCAGCCUGAAUGUGUCCCUGGGCAGCCUGAUCCAGCUGGAGAUGUCCCUGCUGAGUGCAGGGAUGCCCUUGGAGGGUCCCUUCCAACCUGCUGCAAUCUGUGUCUCUUGUGUUUCCAGCAGACCCUGGAGCAGCCAUGUCCACACUUGAGUUGUUUCUUGGCUCAAAGCCCUCAGCCCUGCAGUGGUUUAGGCUGAAACACAAAGCUCUGGGUGGGAAGAUCUCACUGAUGAAGAAGCAAAGGUGUACAGGCAGGGGGGGGAAAGCUUUGGUUUCUUUCCAGCCUGCUCCAUGUCUCUCAUCCAGUUUGCUGUGGGGUUUCUGCUGCUCUGUCUCAGGCCCUAGCUGCUGCCCAGGCUUCCCUGGAAUGAUGCCGUCUCGUACCAAUCUCUCUGCUGGGAUUCCCAGCAGCAAAGUCAAGUAUUCCAAGCUCUCCAGCACUGAUGAUGGCUACAUUGACCUGCAGUUCAAGAAGAGCCCUCCAAAGAUCCCCUACAAGGCCAUUGCCCUGGCUGUUGUGCUCUUCAUGAUUGGCACCUUCCUCAUCAUCAUCGGUGCCCUGCUCCUGGCAGGAUACAUCAGCAAAGGUGGCUCAGACCGUGCCAUCCCCGUGCUCAUCAUUGGCAUCCUGGUGUUCCUGCCAGGCUUCUACCACCUGCGCAUCGCCUACUACGCCUCCAAGGGCUACCGCGGCUACUCCUACGACGACAUCCCCGACUUUGAUGACUGAACCCUGGCAUUAGUGCUGUGAUUAGCUGGGUGACACCACCACGGUUCAGUCCUCCUCCUGCUCCAUGUCACAAAUGCUUCUGAGCUCCUUGUCCUCUGCUUCUCUGGACCAACACAAGUCAGAUGCCUACAAGAGGAAGGGGAAAACUGCACUUGCUUAAGAUGUCCAUCUCGUGCGUUUGCACAGCUCCUCAGGCCAGGCUGAGCAGGACAUCCCCCCAGCAAACAGCCCCUUGGAGCCUCCUCCCACCCCACAGGCUCUGGGCAACAUCUCCUGAUGCUCUAACAGGGCUGGUGCUGGAUCUUGCUUCUUGAUGUAAAGGAACCAAGUGGAUACAGGGAGAAGAAUUGGAAUCUGGACCAGGACUUGAGUGUCCAAACAGCAAAUCUCUUGGCUUUGGCCAGUGUGGAGGCUCUUGAAUUCCAGCUGUGUGUGUGUGGAAUCCUUUUGUCCCUGCCUGUGCAGAACUCCCCAGCCCAGCAAAGAGGAGCUCUCUGUGGUUUGUACUCAACAAAUCCUGUUGUUGUUGUUGUUGUUUAGCUAACUUCAGCCAGGAAAGAGAGAUUGGUGUCUGUGUCUCUUGUGAAGUAAAAUCUGACCCUCUCCUGAAGUAGGAAUUGAACUCAGUGUCCUGGGGAACAAGGAUGUGCUAAGCAGUGAUGCAAGCAGCUGUAUUCCAUACAAAUAAACUUCAC